CAACUGUACCAUCGACAACAACGCUUCCUUCAACGACAACUGUGCCAUUGACAACAACGCUUCCUUCAACGACAACACAUGUACCUUUGAUCACAAAAAACAGUUCACCUUUGCCACAUAACUCUUAUAACACAAACAGCACACCAUGCAAGGAUAAUGAUAUGAUUAAUUGUAAAGAUCAACACGUUUGUUCCAUUAAUCAUUUGAGAGGAUAUUGUCCUUUGACAUGUGGUCUCUGUUCACCUCCAGUUUGUGAGGAUAGUACAGCAGUACAUUGUGAACAACAUACUGUGUGCUCAUAUUCCGAUCUGAGAACAUUUUGUCCACUUACCUGUGGUCUUUGUGUUAAAGCAACAAAACCACCAUGUACAGAUGAAACAUUGGUAAACUGUGGUUUUCCAGGAGUUUGUUCUGAUUCAGCAUUGAAACAACACUGUCCCCUAACCUGUGGUCUUUGUGGCAAAAUAAGUAGGCCAACAAGCUGGAUACAUAUCGGAACAACAAAGAAACCUAGACUAUCACAGAUAGUAGGGAGAUAAUUCGCUGAUGGAGACUUACAAAAGAUGUAGCUAAAAACCAAC